AUGGCCGACCAUGAAAUUUGCAUAAUAUGUUAUGCAGAUGAUGCGGUAUUAUUAGCUGAAAACGAAAAUGACCUUCAAAGAAUGUUGUUCACAUUUAACACAGUUGCCGGACAAUACAAUAUGAAAAUAUCCACCGAAAAAACGAAAUCAAUGACUAUAUCGAAGGAACCAAUUAGGUGCAAAUUAGUAGUCAACAACAAAACGAUAGAACAAGUCAAUCGUUUCAAAUACCUCGGUGUCGAUAUUACUGAUUCCCGGCAAAUUGAAACAGAGGUUAGUUUGCAGACCGCUAAAGCGGCAGCCAUCUCUGGGAACUUACGCGAUGUCAUUUGGAAAAAUAAAUACAUGUUAAUAGACAAUAAAGUCCGAAUUUACAAGACCUGCGUUCGACCAAUAAUGACAUAUGCAGUAGAAACCAGGGCCGAUACCGCGAAGACAGAGCAAAUACUCCGAAGAACAGAAAUGAAAACUCUUAGGCAAAUAUGUGGAUAUACGUUAAGAGAUAAAAUACGAAACGAAGACAUAAGAUCUACUUGCGAAAUACAAGAUGUUGUUCGGUGGACUAGAUGUAGAAGGAGGAACUGGAGAGAUCAUGUAAAUAGGAUGUCAGAAAACAGAAUCGCAAAGAUUGCAAUGAAUAACAGGCCGAGCACCAGAAGACCAGUAGGAAGACCACCUAAAAGAUGGAACGAAUGCUGGACCUCUUCAUCACAAGACCAAGAAAAUUAA